AUGGUACUUAGAUGCAAUCUACCAGGUACUAGUACGGAUGCUUUUGAUUUUGCAAGAGUUGGCUCAGCCGCUGGCGCAGCGCCUCUUGAAGAACAGGCCUUUGCGGCGGCCUCGCUGAAAGAUUGCGCGGCCUUGGGCCCGGAAAUUCGGAGGUACUUUCAGAAGUCCUUCGAUCGCGAGUUUCUGGCUUCAGUCGCCAGCCGCAGAGAUCUUUGGCGCAUUCUUCUGCCCUUGCCCGGCAUCUUCGCUUUUGUGGCAGACCGGGGAGACAACGAGCUUAUGAUCAUGAACGACCGGGGCCCAGCAUCGAGGGAGUUGCGUAGUGGUUGCGAGAUUGCCAGCAGCUACACCUUCACCAUGGCGUGUCCAGCGCCUUCUUCGCCUCCUGGAGCCUUGCCAACGCUGCAGGGGACCAUGGAGGCGUCCACCCUGGAUGCUGCAAAAGUCGCAGCGGAUCUUGGGCUUCGCGUUCUCAUACUAAACUUCGCUCAUGGCUACAACUGUGGAGGAGGCUUCGAACAUGCUUCCGGCAGCCAGGAAGAGGCGAUCUUUCGCUCCUCCUCGCUGUUCCUUAGCUUGUGGCCGCAUCGCAGAAAGGAUGACGGCCCUGGAGUGCUUAAACGUGGCACUUGGAUCGGCGACUUUGACGAACUGCUGCCGCGGAAGGAGCCUUUCUACGAGCACGCGGAGUGCGGAGGCAUCUAUUCCCCUUACGUUCGGCUGAUGGCCGCAGAUGCAGAAGUGGCUGUGGCUACCAUCGCGGCCCAGGAUGUGACACGCAGUCCACCCUUCAGGCGUGAGCUUCUGCGCGAGAAGAUCCGCACGGUCUUGUUGAUGGCACGGGAGAACGGCCACGAUGCCGUUGUGCUCGGCGCAUUCGGCUGUGGCUACUUCAGCAAUCCAGCGGAGGUGGUUGCAGAAACCUUCCAGCAACUCCUGGCCACGGAGUUCAGCGGAGUGUUCCGGCUUGUCCUCUUCGCGCUGCUCAGGGACAGGAACUUCCCGGUGUUCAGCAAGCAGCCUGUCAGAGCGGAACGGGUGGGGCCGCGCUCUCCGUCUGGGGCCCGAUGGGAUGUCGCUCGUGCUUCUCCUUUUGUAGCCGUCCUCGUGUUUGUAAUUGAGGUGACAGUUUUCCUCAUGAGCUCCCUUCCACAAGCUUGGCUGCUAUCCGAUAUCGUGUUCUGCCUCCUCUAUGCCUCCUACAUCCCGCUUCAUAGCGUCCUGGGCUUUGUCCCACCCAGCGUCACCGCGCCCUCCGGACCAGCGCUGGCCACACUGACCAUGGCUGCUGCUGGAGUCAACGUCUGGAUUCUACUAGGCUUUGUUCUCAUCUCCUAUGGCACUGCCCCCUACGUUGCCUACGCAUGGACCACGGAUCAGCUCCUGGUCUGCCUCUAUGUUCUCUUCCUGAUGCUGCUCAUCGAGCACCGGGCUACGCUCUUGCAGGGGCGCAGUGGCCUGCAGCAGUCGGGCUACAAGGCUUUGAUUUCGGCGGAUGAUGCUGCAUCUGCUCAAGCUUCGCGAGGUCCUGUUGAUCCGCUGUCAUCACGCUUCACAGCAGAUACGCUCUCCCGCACCGGCGGCGCCAACUCGGAUGCAGAGGACAACGCAACGCCGCCUCCCGUGGAAGGCCAAGACUUUGCCUUCCUCAACGGGCUCUGGGCACGAAUCCGAGAGCAGAAGUCCUCGGGGCCCAUGAGCUCCAUCUUCGCUCGCCUGACCACUGGGCAGCGGUCCGUGGCUAGUACUAGCUCUGCACCGCGCCACCGGUUCGCUGCUGACAAGGUCCAGCAACCUGGAGCUGCGGUGCACGAGGCGCCCUACUUCUCCGAGCGCGAGAUGGAGUUCCUCAUGCAAGAUGUGGAAACAGGCUUGGAGCCACAGAGAUCGGAGAGGCAGCCCAUGCUCAUCAAGACGACGACUGAUGAGAGCAUGGGGAGCCUGCCCUUCCCCGGGUCACCGAUGCAGGGGGGGUCUCCACUGCCCAGUCCGACGGACAGGUUUAUGAACUCCCCCGGAGGCAGCCUUAGCGGCUCCACGCGGCAGCAGUUUCAGGCAGUGAAGCUGGGAGGCUUCCAGAACCCUCAGCUCAAUGCCUUGUUCGUGGAGCGGAACUCUCCUGAAUUCCGAGUGAAUGACCGUGAGACAUACUGGCCAGCGAGUGGGCAGUACUUUAUCUACCGCAGUGCCGGCACAAACACCUGGGGCAUUGCAAAGGCAAGGCGUUUCCAGGCCGUGAAGGACGCUAAGAGCAAUGGGGUGGCACACAGCCCGUCGGGGUUCGAGCUGUGGCUCGAAGCAGAUGAGAGGCAACCUUCUCAACGGAAGGGCUGGCGUGAGUGGGACAUACAGCAGAGCAAGUGGGUCCAACGACCGGAAGCCGGUGUUGUUAGUCGUGGAAAGGUGCGUCCGAAAGCAGGUGCAGGUGUGACCGUGCCAAAGGCAGAGGCCGAAGUGCAGACGUGUGUCGAGGAGCGGAUGCAAGCCUCACAGGUGAAAGAGGCUGCGACGCAGACGCUAGCUCGGGUACAUCAGAAGCCUGUGGACACUCAUGGCCAUGAUGCUUCCAUUGCUUUGAGCUCCAUGGCUCUCGGCUCCUCAAGCCAAACGUCUCCGCAGGGCAAGAGCCACCACAAAGCGGGUGCUGACAACCCUUACCGCGGCGGCAGUACCGACACUCUGCUGGGCGUUGCGGCGGAGUCGCAGGGGUCUAGGAGGCCAUCGGUGAGGUUGGACUCACCUUCACCUUCAGCUUCACCGUCCCCUCCCUCUGGGUCUGGGAGUGACCGUGCCAAGGGCAGUCGACCUAAUUCCUUGAGCCCUUCUCCGCGGAGAGGUCCUCUGUUCGGCUGA